AUGUACUCCAGGAACCUUCUUGCUCUCGUGGGCCUGUACGCGCUCACAUCGGCCGAUCCAAAUCCUGUGCCUCAAAGUGUCGCCAGCAUCCAGGCCAACAUUCAAGCCGCUCAAGGCGUCAUCCUGACCAUCAUCAACGACCUCGCUCAACAGAGAUCCGCCGUGGCCGACUUCUCUGCCUUACAAGCCGGCCUAGCUCCACUCGUCACCUUCACCUGUCCUCCAGCUGCGCCCUUGGCUGCUGCAGCUUCCAGCAACCAAGCGAUCCAAUAUCUACAGGAAGUCCAGCUCGAGCUCAACAUUGUGUCGCUUGCCAUCCAGGACGCUGAUACUGCAGGUGCUCAGAAUGGGGUGUGCACAGCUAUCGGCUACUUCACGGCGGCGGGUGCCUUCAUCACUCCAUCUGGUCAGCCUACCUCGACCUCCCCUGAACUUACUUCACCGCCUACCACAUCCCCGACCCCAACACCAACAGACUGCACAUCACAAGAGAAUAGCUGCCGCACCGCUCCUAACGCAAACCAAUCCUUUUGCUCUGCACAAGCAGCAAGUUGCCAAGCGACCUGCAGUACCAACUUCAACGCCUGUUCGACCGCCCCGAAUGCCAACCACGCAUACUGCGCAUCCCAGUACGCUGCCUGCCUUGGCUACAACCCGUUCACCACCGCCUCGACCACCCUGAUGACUUCGACCUCCUCGGCACCUUUCGUGUGCAAUCUUGCGCACAGCUACCCUACACCGCUGACAUGUAUUCAGACUAAUGGUUCGAUCGCGCUUGUAACGAACACUCUGUUGCCCCAUUAG